AUGAACGACAAGCCUCCUACAGGACAUGGGAAGUUCUUCGGACGAACAGUUGUCAUCACUGGUGCUUCUCGUGGAAUUGGAAAAGAGAUAGCGUUGAAAUUAGCAAAGGAUGGAGCUAACGUUGUCAUAGCUGCCAAGACUGCGACUGCUCAUCCGAAGCUUCCAGGAACUAUCUAUUCAGCCGCUGAAGAGGUUGAAAAGGCUGGAGGAAAGGCGUUACCGUGUGUCGUUGACGUGCGAGAUGAAGCAUCAGUACGUACUGCCGUAGAAUCGGCUGUGAAGAAAUUUGGCGGUAUAGAUAUACUGAUUAACAAUGCAUCAGCAAUUAGUCUCACCAACACCGAAGACACCGAGAUGAAACGCUACGAUCUUAUGCAUUCGAUAAACACCAGAGGAACAUUUCUAAUGUCCAAGACUUGCCUACCCUAUCCUGAAACAAAGCCAAAAAUGCGCGCACAUUUUGAAUAUUUUUCUCCACCCUUGCUAAUGGAACCUAGAUGGUUCUCCAACCAUGUGGCGUACACAAUGGCAAAGUAUGGAAUGUCAAUGUGCGUGCUUGGAAUGCAUGAAGAGUUCAGAUCGUACGGAGUAGCUGUCAACGCCCUGUGGCCAUUGACAGCUAUUUGGACUUCUGCCAUGGAAAUGCUCAGUGAUGGCGCAGGUGCUUCUGGUUCACGGAAGACAUCAUGGCAGACGCUGCUUAUGCAAUGUUGUCAAAGAAUAGUUCGUGAAUAUACGGUAACUUUCGUCGCCAUUGACCGAGGAAGUUUUGAGAGCGAGGGAGUGGUCGAUUUCACCAAAUACGCCGUAGAUCCCGGUGCACCCUUGACGGCAGAUUUCUUCAUUCCAAAUACUGAUAAUUAUCCGGAAACAUUUUUACAAUCACACGAGAGACAAUUAAGUGUCAGCUCAUUGAAAAAGGCUGCGAUAGACGAGGAUAUUGCAAGUGUUCUGGCAAACAUGAAGGGAAAGCUAUCCAAAGAUCUGGUCGACAAAAUGCAGGCUGUCUACGAGUUUACGCUCACUGGAGAUAAAGAGAGAAAGAUCGUCAUAGAUUUGAAGAAUGGAAAUGGUUCAGUAGCGGAAAAUGGUGAUGAGAAAGCUGAUGUCAAGUUCACUCUGGCUGCUACUGAUUUCGCGCCGAUGUUCACUGGAAAGAUCACACCAACAAACGCGUUCAUGUCCAAAAAGCUCAAAAUCAAAGGCGACAUGACCAAAGCAUUAAAACUGGAGGGUGUUCUGAAGAAAAUGAACAAGAGCAAGUUGUAA